ACGGAGCAUUUGAAGCUGGGGAUAAACCUCAAUAGGUUAAUCACGGAUAUGAUGUUGUCCCCGCGCCUCCUGCCUCAUGUAGCCUGGCACGGCGCUUUGAGAAGCAGGGCCUGUCCGCACUCAUCGAGAUCUUGGUCCUUGUGCCACAUCCACAGGCCGAGUGAGACGCUGGCAUUUUCCCGGCGGUUGUCGACCGGCAGUUCAGCAUCAGCGGCCCCAAGUUUGGUCGCCUUCAAGACGGCCGCUGGCUUGGUGGGAUUCCUGGGCUUUGACGCCUCAGUGCGAUGGCUGCUGGACGCGUCUGGCAUGCACAUGUUGCCGCAGCAGAUUUGCAGUAUGCUCAGCGCCUUUGGCGGGCUCUCCCUGGCGCAGGCGGUGGCUCCAAGUGCCGCUGGCCAGCUCCACCAGAUGUUGCUGCCGGCAGUUGCCUGGGUGGGACGAUGGCUACCAGUGUUUCUGGUGCCCGUGCAAGUCAUGCUGCCGACGAUCAGCUUUCCAGGCGGGCUCGUCGAGGCCGCGGGCCUCGGCGUGCUGUUGGGUGCAGGGUGGCUGGCCGCGGUGGCGGGCGGCGCCCGCUUGGCGGCGCGCCUCGCCGCCAGCGCGGCCUCCACCGCGGCGGCGCCGGCGGCGGCCGCGUCCGCGGCCAAGGCGCAGGGCCUGGCUUUGCCGGCGGCCUGGCUGACACUUGCCGCAGCAGCGAUCGGGGUGGAGGUCCUACUACCCCCGCAGCCGGCCGUGCCGGACUUGGAUCGCCAGCUGCGGGGCCUGGGGCUGGCGGCCCUGGGCGUGGGAAGCUUCGCCCUGGCCGUGCGCCGGGGUCUGCCGGGGCACCUUUGCUUCCUGGCGAACGGGUUCGCCACCAUUUGCGGGGCCUUUGCCAUGGCCUCCUACCGCGGGGAGAGCUACAGCCAGGUGGUGAAGCGAGACUACCUGGUGGGAUCCUCUGGGCCUCCAGGCUCCGGAGAUAUGCUGCUUUGGUGCCUGGGUCCGGCUCUGGUGGCGACCGGGGUACAGAUGUUUCAGUACCGUGCUCGCAUCGUUGCGCUGAGCAGGGUGCUGUUCGUCACCUGCGCGGUAGUGUCCUUGGGCAACAUCUUGGGCACCGUGGCGGCGGGGCCGGCGCUGGGCGUGUCCCCUGAGGUGACCUUGGCAGCGACCAUGAGGUGCGUGACCAUCCCGAUGGCUCUGCCAACCUUCUCGCGGCUUUGUGAAGCCAGUGGGGCUGAGAACAACGUGGCCCUGGUGGCUCUAUGUGCAGGAGUCUCCGGCUUUAUUGGGUUCGGGUUUUCUCAGAGGCUGCUCUCGUCAGCAGUAUGUCAAGCACAUGCCAAUCCAGUGGCCCGGGGCAUCGCCACGGGCGCGGCGGCGCACGCCCUGGGGGCAGCGUGCCUGGUCACGGAGCCGGAGGCCUUCGUUUGGGGCAUGCUGGCCAUGGCCGUGUCGGGCGUCGCGUCGUCGGCUUGGAUUUGUGCUUGCGCUCCUGUUCGCGACCUGGCCGUGUCUCUGGCAUAUCGGAAUGCAAGCUCGGGGGCGCGUUGAUGGGCGCGCCCUCAAGAUCCUGCGAAAGCAGAGAUGUACAUAGAACAUAUCGGACGAGACACCGCGCCUUCAGAUGAGGCGCGCGGCAACCUGCAAAGAUCAAGGCCAAAGGGAGCGACCUGUGGCCAUGAGCGGCAUGUUGAGCGACGGGGUGAGGGCUCGGGUAAGCAGUGA